AUGACUAUAACAACUGUGAACCAAGCAGAAUGGGUCUGCGACGCCAACGACGUUUUAAAACUACGGCUUGUCAGUGCACACACAUCCGAUCCAUACGAACACCCCGAAGGCGAAUACCACCAAUUGUUGCCCCAAUUUACUUAUAGUCUUUUCGGCCCAUUGCAACAGAUAUACGGGUACAAAAACUUAAAGAUAAAGCUCUAUUACGCUGCGGGGAGUCUGGUAACAUAUUUGGACGUAAGUUAUGACGAAAAGAUUUCUGAUCAUUUGCCCGGUGCCAAGCCAACUGAUGUUAUUGGAAUCAUACGAGAACACAUACCUGAAGGUUUUAUGACAAACUACGACACAUUUCUUCAAAGAGUGGAGAAAGAUACGCAUACGUUUGUUCCAAUGGGUGAGAAGAUAAGCGAAUAUCGCCUUUCAGAUGACGAUAAUAUAGUUUACGAAAUUUACAAGACAAAUUUUAACACGCCUGGUUUCAAAGAAUAUCAUAGUAGACUUCAACUAUUUGUGCUUUUAUAUAUUGACGGUGCACGAUAUAUUAACGAGGAUGAUGAGAAAUGGGAGAUUGCUCUUGUCUUCCAGAAAAAGUCGACGGGUGAUUCGAAUAUAUAUAAUAUAAUAGGCUAUUGUACGAUGUAUGCGUUCUUCUUUUACGAGAAAUGUGAAGGUUCUAAACCGUUAUCGGAAAUCAAAGAAAUAUCUAAUGAGUUAAAUGAAACGUCAAACUUCUUGUAUUCUACGAGAUUGAGGAUAAGUCAAUUUCUUAUUUUACCUCCUUAUCAGAAACAAGAUCAUGGAAGCAAAUUGUAUCAGGCUCUUUAUAGGAAUUUCUUGGCUAAUCCAUGGAUCAAAGAACUGACUGUCGAAGAUCCAAAUGAUGCUUUUAGCGAUCUCCGAGAUAAAAAUGAUCUAAUGUAUCUCGUGGAAAAUAAAAUAGUCGAAGGCCUCACUAUACCAUUAGAUAAAAACAAAGUAGAGGAAGUGCGCCGAAAAUGCAAGCUGGAUCAGCGACAGAUGCAUAGAUGUAUAGAAAUGUUAAUGUUGAAGAAGCUGAAUAAAUCGGAUGUUAACGCUUACAAGGCAUAUCGAAUACAAGUGAAAAAACGAUUAUAUAAUCAUAACAAGGACGUACUCUGCCAAAUGAGUAAGUCAGAAAGAAUAGAAAAACUCGCCGAGACAUAUAUUAGUAUCGAAGAAGAUUACUAUCGUAUCUUGUCGUUAUAA